CUUCUUCCUAAAACCCCUAGCCCUCAACCAUUUUCCCCUAAAAAAAUACAAAAUUAAUUUUGUUCCUUCAAAUCACCAAAAAUGGAGUUUUUCUUCAAUUCAAUUCUUCAAAUUCUCAGAAAUUAGCGUCUUUUUGGUUCAGUUUUUAGGUUUUUUUUUCUUCAUUCAGCAUCGCUUAUGGCUUCUGAAGAAAUGGGACUUGUUUCAGCUCGAAGGGUGGAGAAUGGGCUUAAUUCACAGCUAGUUUUCCAUGAAAGCAAUUUCAGCUGCGGCGCACCACCACCAGCACAACCUCCGGGUGGGGUUGGGUCUGUUACAGGUGAUCCAGGUCCAAAAACUACAAGGGAGCUUACCGGAUUCAAUCAUCAACAUCAGUACUUUCUUAAUCAACAUCAACCACAAGCUGCUGAUUUUCGCCGUCAAAUGUUCGGUGACGACCGUGGUGAUGGUGAUUGGAAUAGGAAGAGCCAUGGAGAUGGCGAUGGUGAUGGAUCGGAGGAUGAGGAUAUGGAUGACGAUGACGAUGAUGAUGAUGAUGAGAAUGAAGUGGAGGGGAUUGUUACAGUUGAAAAUAGUGAUCAUCAGAAUAAUAAUAGUGAUAAAGUUAAUAGUAAUAGUAGUGGUAAAGUAGUUGGCAGUGAUAAAACGAGAAGUGUUUCUACAUUUGGUGUGAAGGAAGGGAAUGUUGGGCCGUCGGGAAAUGAAGGUGGUGUCGACGUGAGAAAUGCUGUGAUAAUUGCUAGUGUUGAUGGGGAUAUGUAUUAUAAUCAGUAUUUGCAGGGACCGGAAGGGUCAAAUGCAGCACAGAAGGAAAUGGGGUUUGAGAAUGGGUGUGGAUUUAGUGGGAGAAAGGAAGCUCAUUAUUCAAAUGAAUCAGGAGAGUCAUUGAGAACUAUUCUUUCCGAUCCUAUUACGGGAGAGCUUAUGGAUGAUGCAAUGAUAUUGCCUUGUGGGCAUUCCUUUGGUAGCGGUGGGGUUCAGCAUGUAAUUAGAAUGAAAGUUUGCUAUAUCUGUUCACAAGCGGUGUCCGAAGACUCACUGUCACCUAAUUUAUCUCUUCGAUCUGCAAUUCAAGCAUUCCGCCGAGAAGAGGAGUCACAUCUUAAUCGCUCUUUAAAAAGAAGAAAGGAGAGAUAUGAUCAGGAUAGAGGGACCUUUGGUGAUUCAGCACUUCCUGAUCAUCUAAGAGGAAGAGGAGUUCAGUUUCCAUUCGCUGUGACAGACAGGGUUAUAAUAAAGGGCAACAAAAGGACACCUGAGCGUUUUGUGGGUCGUGAGGCUGUUGUUACAACUCAGUGCUUGAAUGGAUGGUAUGUUGUAAAGACAUUAGAUAAUGCUGAGAGUGUAAAGUUGCAAUACCGCUCCCUAGCCAAGGUUCCUGAGAAUUUAUCAAUCCAGCCAAUAUCAAGUAAGGUGGCAGCCUGGCUGUAGAGUUCCAUCCAGCAGAACGAUUAUGACUCUCUCGUCCUAACUUAUUGCACAUACUCCAUGUUUGAUACAUAUAGUCUUACUACAACAAGCAUUGUGUUUUUUUCAGUCCUAUUCUAGAUCCUGUAUCCGUUCAACGUGAUUCUCAGGCUUAGGUGUUGUACAUUGUAUAGAUUGUUUUGUAGCACUACAGCGUUGAGAUGAGAUCCCGAGAUAUGAACUAUACAGAGCCACAGUUGAUUAAAAUAAAUGAAUUAUACAGAUUCAUUUCUGCUGAGUUUUGUAUCAA